GCGCACGCACGCACACAAACACACACACCGUGGCUAUGAAAGGCUCUAGAGGACAAGUCGCGAUGGAUGUUACUCCCGGUUAAACAAGCAAGAUGAUGAAGUUGCACGAAAAAGCAACAAUCCACUAGUCCGCUGCGCACCUCAGUGCACAACUUUCCGGACGCGCUCCACACAUCCACGCGGCAGUCACAGAAUUGGUAGUGCGCAUGCUCGACGGAACUGCAAAGGAGAGGCAACCAGCCCCCGCCCGGCCCAGCCUCCUCUUUGAAGUCCGGCGGCUCCACUCAGCGCCGGUGAGGUGAACCCGCCCAGUUUUUUGGCUUCCAAGAUGGCCGACGUAGCAACGGUGAUACAUGCGAGGAAAUCCGGGAAGCAGGAGAAUGACAGUUCUUUCAGUACUCCAAAUGCUGAUCAAAAUAUUUGGAACUGGCAGAAGAAAGCUGAACAGAUUAAGAAAGCUGAAUUCAUAAGAGAAGGAGAAAAGCUAAAAACUCAACUUAUGAAUAUUGAAAAGGAUAAAAACAGCCUUCUCUUCAACAAGAAAAGUGACUUUAGAAUGGAGUUCAGCACUCUAGAAGAACUGGAAUACAAACUGACUAAAAACCGGAAAGAAGAAAAAGUUAAAAUCCAGCAACAACUGACAAAAAUUCAUAAUAAUGUUAAGGGCCUUCAGCGGCAACUAAAAGAUGUGAAACCAACUCCAGAAUUUGUUGACAGACUCAAAGAAAUUAUGGAGGAAACUGAAAAUGCAAUAAAUAACUUCAAAGAAGAACAACGAAAAAUCUAUGAGGAGCUUAUAAGACAGGAGAAGACUUCUACUAAUGAACUUAAUGGCUUGGAGAGAAAAAUUGAAAGGUGGACACUAGGCACUUCAGAAACAAAAAAACAUUUCAAUCAAGGCACAGUUCCAGUAGAUAAAGAGAUUCAAAAUCAUCUGUCCAAUGAAAUACUAGAGCUUGAAAGGUUUCUUCAGCAAACAGGAGGAAAAUACGGGGGGUGGUAUGAAUAUGAUCAUCAAAUUUUUCUGAAAUUGUGGACAAAACAUAAAGGAAAACCAUCAUAUAUUGAGGAAGCCCGUGAUUAUUUCCCUGAAAAAACAGAAAAGGAUAUUCAGCAACAUGAGAAAUGGUAUCAAGAAUUUCUAAUUUUAGAAGCAAAAAAAAAAGAGUCUAUUAAAAAGUGGAAAACAAAAAAAACACAAGAAAGAGAAAAAAUCUUAGCCCCAAAAGAGUUCCCAAAAAAAGCACACUCCUCAGAUCUUCAGCGGGAAGCUCAGAAGCAAAAGGCUGAAAAUGAAAGGAAAAAGCAUUUGGAAGACCUUGAAAAAUGGAAAAGACAAAAAGCAAUAGAACAUGCAAUGAAGCAAGCUGCUCGACUCAAAGAAGAAGAAGAGAAGGAGAAGAAAAUGCAGAGAGAACGACAGCGGCAGUUCCAGAUGAAGUUGCUACUGGAAGAGUAUAGUAGAAAGAAAAAGGAACAGGAAGAACUUGUGAGGCUUGAAAAAAAGACAAUAGAAGAAGCUGAAAGGGAAGAGAGGAAACGAACUGCUGCAGAAGAAAUUCUGAAGUUUCAAGAGCGAGAUCUGCAUAAACUUGAGCUUCAGAUUCUAGAAAAACAGAUGAAGGAAGCAGAAAAGACUGAAAAGGAAAAAAGACUGUCCAAGUUGAGAGAGAAGGUUGAAAUUAAUGUACCUCGAGACCCAUGUAGGCUGUACAAACCUACAAAAGUUUGGGAGGAACGGACAAAAGAGAUUGGACCCAUGGGUGCAGAGCCACUUAUGCAUAUUCCACACAGGGCUGUCCCAACCUGGCGACAAGGGCUAUAGCUGGAUGUCUACUCACAGUUCGACUGAAAAAUGCAUACAUGUAUGUGUAAAGUAUCUUAUUGCAUUACUUUGUUGAUUUCAUUACAGGACAAAAGGAUUUCAUUUUGUAUUUAUGAUGAAGUUAUAUAAAUGGGAAUUGUAUGUUAAGCUAAACAAAAAGAUCAGAAAGCUAAACACAGAAAGAUGCAGAAAGUAGAGGCUGUAUAUAUAAAACCCCAUUUAUUUCUUAGAUCCUUUGCCUACUGCUUUAUGACUAUUAUAAACCAAAGUUAAAAAUGCAGUUCUCACUGAUGGAUAAUAUUUUGCUAAAUAAAGUUUGUUACAUUCUUA